AUGGUACAUACGAGGGGUACUUCUUGUCUUUCCGCAACUCCAGAAGUCCGUCGUCAAUACCACAAGCACCCCAAACAUCACAAGUCACUCCUCAAACAUCACAAGUCACUCCCCAAACACCACAAGUCACUCCCCAAACACAACAAGUCACUCCCCAAACACCACAAGUCACUCCUCAACACCACAAGUCACUCCCCAAACACCACAAGUCACUCCCCAAACACAACAAGUCACUCCCCAAACACAACAAGUCACUCCCCAAACACAACAAGUCACUCCCCAAACACCACAAGUCACUCCCCAAACACAACAAGUCACUCCCCAAACACCACAUGUCACUCCUCAACACCACAAAUCACUCCUCCAUACCACAAGUCACUCCCCAAACACCACAAGUCACUCCCCAAACACCACAAGUCACUCCUCAAACAUCACAAGUCACUUCUCAACACCACAAGCCAGGCCUCCCCAAACACAACAAGUCACUCCUCAACACCACAAGUCACUCCCCAAACACCACAAGUCACUCCUCAACACCACAAGUCACUCCCCAAACACAACAAGUCACUCCUCAACACCACAAGUCACUCCCCAAACACCACAAGUCACUCCUCAACACCACAAGUCACUCCUCAACACCACAGGUCAUUCCUUAACACCACAAGCCAGGCCUCCCCAAACACCACAAGUCAUUCCUCAACACCAGAAGUCACGUCUCCUCUGCACCAAAAGCACCCGGAAGCUGCACACAACCUCCAGCCUCCAACCCUUCCCAGCACCACCUCCAACCAACAACCCUGCCACACACCAACAACCUCCAGCCCUACCCCACCAUACACCACCUCCAGCCUCCAACCCUUCCCCACCACACCACCUCCAGCCUCCAGCCCUUCCCCACCACACACCUGCAACCUCCAGCCUAACCACCUACCACCUCCACCUUUCCUCCUGCACCCGCCUCCACCCCUACCCUCCUACACACCACCUCCAACCUCCACCCCUUCCCCACUGCACACCACCUCCACCCUACCUCACUGCACACCACCUACCUCCAUACCACCCACCUCCACCUCCACCCCUUCCCCACUACACACCACCUCCAGCCUCCUACCUUCUACUGCACACCACCUCCACCUCCAACCCUACCUCACUACACACACCACCUCCAACCUCACCCCUUCCACCACCGCACACCACCUCCAACUCCUGCCUCACUACGCACACUCCAACCUACAAUCCUACCCCACCAUACACCACCUCCCUCCAACCCUCCCCUGCCGCACACCACCUCCAACCCUACUCCAGCCCUCCCCCUACUGCCGCACACACCUCCAACCCUGCCUCACUGCACACACUCACCUCCUCCAACCUACAACCCUACUACCCACUGCUCCACCACUGCCCUACAACCCUGCCCACCAUGCACCCACCUCCAGCCUCCACCUUCUUCCCACGCCACACCACCUCCAACCCCUGCCUCACUGCACACCACCUCCAACCUACAAUCCUGCCCACCCCACCAUCACCACCUCCAGCCCUGCCCUCCCCACCGCACACCACCUCCAACCCUACCCUACACACCACCUCCAACCCCUACACCCCUACACCACCACCUCCACCUCUCCAACCCUACCUCGCCGCACACCACCUCCAACCCUACCUCACUACACACCACCUCCAAACUACAACCCUACCCCACCAUACACCACCUCCAACCUCCAACCCUACCCCACUACACACCACCUCCAACCCAGAACCCUACCCCACUACACACCACCUCCAAACUACAACCCUGCCCACCAUACACCACCUCCAACCUACAACCCAAUUUCAACGUAUCUAAACCCUGUAAGGAUACAGAGAAGGUCCCUGGCUGGAAAUGCUCCCCACCACACAAGAGUCGACACACCGACUUAUCUGGCCCGGGUUCGGACUCUAUUCAUACGUCAGUGA